CUUUUCUCUCCGUGGCUGGUCGCAGAGGGGCGGGGGCUCCGUGCUGCGUUUGACAGCUGCGAAAUAGAAAAAUGUACCGCUCCGAAGCCACCGCACUAACGCCAGGCGUCGGGGAUGCGGCGUGGCUCUCCGUAGCCAGCGAAUGCGCCGCUAAAACUGCGCAAAAUUGGAGAGCGCAAACUCCGCCGGAGAGCGGAGCGGGGCGGCGGCGGCGGCGGCGGGAGGGGGGGAGUCUGUUUCUUUUCUUGUGCACAGAAGUGCGGGAUUUCGGGACGGGUUGCGCGAUGCAUCGCGCCUUCUCGUUCCCGGCGACUUCGGAGCGCAGCCGGACCAAGGAGCGCCUGGAGGCGAGUCUGUCCGGGCUGUGCGAGCUGGAGCUCCGCAAGCAGAGGCAGGAGUGCCUGGUGCUGGGGGCGCUGGCCCUGGGGGGCCCUCUGCUCGAGGGCCGCGCCGGAGGAGAGCUGGCGGGGUUCAGCAGCUGGGGGCAGGAGAACUUGACACUGAGGCGCCAGCUGAGUGCCCUUCAGAGCACCCCAUGGGGCCUGAUGCAGGCGCUGGAACAGCAGGUGGGGGAGCUGAGGUUCGAGGCGGAGGACGGCGGCCAUGAUGGCGCUCAAGCUGAAGGAGGCGACAGUCGGCCGAGUUCUGGUUUUUAUGAGUCAAGUGAGGGUCAAUCGCCUAAAGGGAGAUCUUGUUCCACAGAGUCAACAGAGCCCGUUUCCUCCUGGACUUACACCAACGACAGGCCAAAGUCUGUGGGAGACCCCCUGAUGCUGAACGGAGGACAGGACGCGCCCGUCCCACGCGCUGCCCUCCCCCGCUCUUUCUCUGCCCCUUACCCGCCCCUGGAGGGCAUCGCCGAGGAAGGCGGGGCGGGGGAGUCGUGGCAGUGGGACGCCAGCGGGGCCUGGCAGCAGCAGCAGCAGCCGGCGGAGGAUCAGGUCACGGAGGAGGACUACCAGCUGGCUUUGAGGGUCGAGGGUUACAUCCUCGGCCUCAUCCAGCGCUACACCCUCCCGCCACGGCCCUGUCAGCCUCGCACCACCCUGAGCCCCGACCCCCAGUACUCCGCUGCCUCCGGGCACGGCUCCCUACACAGGAGAACUCCUUCUCUCACCACCGAGCAGCACUUUCCUGACCCCCACUUCCAGCCCCACGUUGACCUUUCGGCAAACCCCAAGGGCCAGGGUUGGGGUUGUGACCUCCAGGAGGGGGAGGCCUGUGGAGGAGAGGCCCCAUCUUUGGAGGAGGACUGUUAUCUUGCUCUGCCCUACCCCCAGUCCAGGUCGCAAUCCCUGGCCGAGAGGCUACAGUCACCUCUGCCCUCCCUGGACCCCAACUGUGGUGCCGGGGCGCUUGACUUUUAUUGUGAGCCCCCAUCCCCCCAGCAUUACUUGCAUCCACAACUCCCCCUUCAUCCCAAACACAAUUUAGUGAGUGCUCAGUACAUCCCCGGGCAAGCCUGCCACGCCCCUGUGCGCUCCCCCAGACACUACAACCCGGAGCAGGCGAAGCCCAAUCGCGCUGUGGCCUCUCCGGACCACCCGAAGUCCAGAGCUUCCAAGAAGAGCCACAACGAGCGACAGAGAGCCAAGAAAUCGGGCAGCAAAGCCAGCCGAUCGCAGUCGGAAAACAGCCUGCUGGGCCAGCGGGUGUUGCCCGAGCGCAGGUACAGCACCACCGAGAGGCACCAGGGCCGAGGGGACCCCUCCCCGAGCCGGGGCCACGCCGCUGGACGGCAGGCGGGCAGCACCGGCGACGGCGGGAGCCGGCGCUGGUGCUCCAACCUGGAGCUCAGCCAGGACGAAGGGGAGGCCGCAGCGGGGCAGUCCCAAAGACGCCCGCCACGAAAGGUUCGCCCCGGCCCUCCGCCCCAGCCCCAACACCAGAACUACCAGCAGCACGGCCAGCGCUGGCACCCCGACUACCAGGAGACAGCCCCUCUCUGCCGUGGAGAGGAGGGCUACGCCGCCGCCGCCGCCGCCGCCCCCCCCGUUGAGUCCGAGUCCAGCAUGAGCGAGGUGUAUUCGCCGGCCUCCAGCUCGCUGUCCAGCGACUCGGACGGCAGCGGGGGGCUUGUGUGGCCCCAGCAGCUGCCGCCGCGCCUCGCGUCCACCUCCUCCUCGUCCUCGCCGUCGCCACAGGCGGUGGCGGCCAACGCCUCCUCUCAGCCGAAAGCCUUCGUGAAGAUCAAAGCCUCCCACGCUCUCAAAAAGAAGAUCCUGAGAUUCCGCUCGGGGUCCCUCAAAGUCAUGACGACCGUGUGAGGAAAUGCUCACAUCAGUGCUUGAACCCGUGAGCUUUUCUACUGUGUUUUAAAGCCAUUGCCCGAGCAACGCUGUGGCGAAUACUCGUGGUCGCCCGUCAUUUGUUAACUAACCAAUCCGGCUUUGACGCGCUGCCUACCUCGAGAGACACUUUUACUUAAAUGCGAUUUAAAGAUCUGCCAGAGAUCAUUUGGUUGAAUUUAUCUGGUAGGUGACAGCAAUAAGACACGAGACUAAUGAGCAUCGUUCUGCUCUAAUUGAUGAUCAUUGGUGUCUGAAUAUUCUGCCAUUGCUUCAGUCUCGAUGCCUGUUGGCCUCAUAGUUAAUUCAUCAUGAUGUGUGGUUAAUUAAUGAAUUAAAAGCUAAUAGGUACGUUGUCAAAAGCUUCAAGUCGUGCUAAACACCAAAGCUCUAGAAAUGACGCUGAAGUAUUUUAUGGUACAUUACACUUUUAUCCAAAGCGACUUACAUUACGUUUUUAACGCAUGGCUUUUUACAUUUUUGCCCGGGGAGCAAUUAAGGCUCAGGGACACUUCGACAUGGAGCAGCCGGGGCUCAAACUGCCAACCUCUCUACCCCAGCGCCACCACGACCCUCCUCACGACGAUGGUACUGACCGUUUUAAAGACAUUUGGGUCGAUUCAAUUCGGCCAAAAUUUCCCACAAAUGUCCUUGAAAACGUCCUGGAAAGAACUGUGUAAUUUGGAUUAAUUAAACCCAAGGAAUUAUCAAUAGAAUAUUCAUUGGUAUGGUUCAUUAGAAUAUUCACUUGCUGUGCACUGAAUAGACGCCUGUAGUCACCACUAGAUGAUUGGAGUGUAUCGUUUAAAACCGCCUAUUUCACAUCUGUCCUACAUAGUUCUUUCCAGGAAUUAUUGGGUCUACAGACCCAUGAAAUAAAGUUCUUCUAAAAAUAAUACUUCAGUGUGUGGUGGAAACUCGAAGCUUUAGAGUAAUGAUUUAUCUUGAAAUAUAGAAAAAAUCAAUGUUAUUUGUGAAGGAUUGAACUAAUGUGUAAUAGAACAAAUCUAUGUUUACAUUUGGUUCUCACGCAGUCUCAGAAUCGGUGGUCUGAUUGUUCUUCUCUCAGGAGGGAAUAUCCACGUUGUUCACAGGUACUUUGUGCUGCAGGGACCAAUGUGCAUCAGAGUAGAAGCCAUACUACAUGCAUGCAUUCACGCACAUAUGUUUAAGUGCACGUAUUAUUGAAACAUAUUUACACAGGAUUGGACACACUUGUAAAUAUGUGUGUUUCUGUAUAUACCAUCACGUGGCCUUGUUUGGAAUGAAUGUAGUUUGUAAAUAAAGGCUUUUUGGUAGCUAA